AUGUCGGGGACGGGGAGUCAACAGCAGCCGAAAUACUCAAAUACAGGAGGUGCCACACCCGUGCAGUACCCUGAGAAUGACUGGAGGGCGCUUGCACACAUAGCUGCAUCUAUACCCAACAAUCUGUACGUCACAAGAGCAGGUCCACCUGGCCCGCCAGGAGAGAAGGGAUCCGAGGGGCCGGCUGGCUCUGCCUCUGCAGGCCUCCCUGGGCCACCUGGUCCUCCGGGAGAGAAGGGACCCAUCGGGCCGGCUGGUCCUCCAGGAGACAAGGGAUCCAUGGGCCCUGGUGGCCCUGCAUUUGCCGGGCCACCAGGUCCACCUGGUCCGCUAGGAGAGAAGGGACCCAUGGGGCCGGCUGGCCCUGCCUCUGCAGGCCCCCCUGGGCCACCUGGUCCUCCGGGAGAGAAGGGACCCAUGGGGCCGGCUGGCCAUUUUGGAAAGAGGGGUCCAGUGGGGCCGGCGGCUGGCCCUGCAGUCCCCGGGCCACCAGGUCCACCUGGUUCACCAGGAAAGAAGGGAUCCAGGGGGCCUAUUGGUCCUCCAGGAAAGAAAGGAUCCAGGGGACCGGCUGGUCCUACAUAUGCCGGUCCACCAGGGCCACGUGGACCUGUUGGGCCGCCUGGCCCCCGAGGAAAGACCGGGUAUCCCGGUAACCCAGGAACCGCAACAUGCCCCAGCACUGGACGUAGAGGGUCUUGUCCAAACGGCUAUUACUAUGAAAGGGGGCGCAAAAUGUGCUACAAGUUGUACAACACACUUAAUACCUUCACCGACUCGCUCAACACCUGCCAUGAUGAUGGGGGUACCCUCGCCAUGCCCAGAGACGCCUACACCAACACCUUCCUGGGCAAACUCUAUAAAUUAAAAAAAUCUCAAUUCUCAAAGGCAAUGCUGCCCAUAUUCAAUGACUGUAAGAUAUAUGAUAAGGCUUUCUGGAUCGGUCUCCAAGACCAAGAAAAAGAGGACACAUUCAAGUGGAUAGAUGGAUCGGCACUUGGACGUUACAAAGGCUGGAAUCCAGGACAACCAGAUAGCGGUAAGGGCGAAGAAGACUGUGUUGUCUCUGGUGACUUCUGGUUCUGGAGGCCAAAUACAUACAAGUGGUAUGACGCGCCGUGCAACUAUCGGUUCCGCUUCAUCUGCCAGAUCCGUCCAGGAUGUACUUAA